AUGAUUUUCAAAGGCAUUGCAUCUUCUCUUCUGUUGGCUUCGCUUGUAAGUGCACAGCAGCAAAACAUCACCUACAAUGUCAUUGCUGCCCCUGCAAACAGUAGCAACAUGUCUGUUGCAGUUGUAGUUGACAACACUACUUAUCCUCUCGCUGCUAAAGCCGGUGAUGGCGGCCUUCUCUAUCAAGGAGACGCACCCGUCGCUCAAACUGGCUACCAUUACGCUAUUUUAGACGCCAUGCAACAAAUCAAUGCCUCUGAAGCUUUCUCACGUCCACCUGUCAUGAACAAGACAACCUACAAUGAAUUCUUCAAUCGCUCUUCCAAUGUGUACGAUGUUACAUCGUUGCCUCAAAUCUUGAAACCCAUUCCUGCCAUCAAGAGAAUUGAAACUGAUUUGCAUCUUCAGGACCAAAUCCCCACUAUCCAUCUCUGGGGAAAUGCAACUGCUAUCGAAGCCCUGAAUGGAAACCAACUCGACGAAGAUCUUGAUGUGGAAUUGAACAUGACCUACUAUGGCUUGCAAAAGGUGCAAACUGUUGAAAAUGUCAAGGUGUCAGUUGCUGGCCGUAGUUCUCGUUGGAUCCCAAAGCUUUCUUACAAUGUCAAGAUCAGCAAGAAGGCUGAUGACGAUCUAUUUGGCUACAAAAAGUUCAAAUUGCGUGCAAUGGGAUAUGAUGCCUCUUAUGUUCGUGAACGUGUUGCAUUUGCUACAUUGAAAUCGGUCGGUGUUCCUUGCACUGAAUACUCUUACAUUCGCGUCUUCUUCAACAACAAGCCUGCUGGUUUCUAUGGCUUUAUUGAGACUUUCCAGGAUCCUUGGCUCGCUAACGAGUUUGCUGAUGGCGAUAAAAAGUACAAAUCUGGCUAUCUGUAUCAAGGACAGGCGAUGUCUAUGACUCAAACUCAAUUCUUGGUCUCUGAUUUAAGCUAUUACGGCGACAACACAACGCUCUACAGCUUGGGUCAAUACAAGAUUAAAGCAGGCACCAAGGAUGAUGAAAACCCAAAGGACUAUGAGGAAUUGAGAGAUUUCACCAAGUUUAUCAACCAGACCAACAACGCUACAUCUGUCAAGGAAUGGAAAAAGAGGCUCGAGACGGAUGGAUUCACUAGAGCUAUGGCUAUUGAAAACUUGUUGGGUUUCUCUGAUGCUUACAUGACAUUGGCAGACAACUUUUACGUCUACAGCGAUCCGGAUACCAAGCGCAUGAUUUAUAUUCCUGCUGAUUUAGAUACAUCCAUUGGAUCUUCCAUCUUUUUGAAGUCUUACAUGCUGGAUGGCAAUUACAGCAACCAUCCUGGCUUCCAUCUUCGUCCCUUGACCAAGCACUUUUUUGCAAACAAAGAAUUCCUGAACAACUAUGAGCUUCUCCUCCUCAACUUGAGUCAGACCUUGGUCAAUCCCACAGUAAUGAACCCUUUCAUUGACAGCGUUGUUGACAUGAUCUCUCCUGAUGUUGAAUGGGAUCAGUCUCUGCCCCGCCUGGGCUCAGAGGUUGGCUUCAAUUUCGGCAAUGAAAGCAUGUCAGAUAUAGGCGACGUACCUGGCCUCACUGCCUUCAUUCCCCCAGGUUUUGCUGCCGACGGCUUGACCGCAGUGUUCAACCAAACAUUUGAAGAAUCUAUUGGUGGUGAUAUCAAUUCAACAACUCAAGAGAGUGUCAAGCAGUUCAUCUCAAACAAGAGUGCUAAUGUCAUUGCCUUCUAUAGCCAAACCAACAAUGCAACUGUUUAG